AUGGAGCCUACCCUGGCAGUUCCCACCCCGUUUGGCUGUAUUGGCUGUAAGCUGCCUCAGCCAGACUACCCACCGGCUCUGGUCACCGUUAUGUUCUGUGCGAUGGUUGUCACCGUCGUCAUAGACCUGACCGGCAAUUCCGUGGUCAUUUUGGCGUUUACAAAGAACAAGAAUCUCUGCAAUUCUGGCAACAUCUUCGUGGUCAGCCUCUCAGUGGCAGAUCUGCUGGUGGCCAUCUACCCCUACCCUCUGAUGCUGCAUGCCAUGUCCGUCGGAGGCUGGGAUAUGAGCCACUUCCAGUGCCAGAUGAUCGGGUUCAUCACAGGGCUGAGUGUGGUAGGCUCCGUCUUCAACAUCAUGGCCAUCGCCAUCAACCGUUACUGCUACAUCUGCCACAGUCUCCAGUACGAACGGAUCUUCAGCAUGCGCAAUACCUGCAUCUACCUGGUUGUCACCUGGGUCAUGACCAUCCUGGCCAUCCUGCCCAACAUGUACAUUGGCGACAUUGAAUAUGAUCCUCGCACCUACACCUGCAUCUUCAACUAUGUGAACAACCCUGUCUUCGCUGUGACCAUCGUCUGCAUCCACUUCGUCCUCCCUCUGCUCAUCGUGGGCUUCUGCUACGUGAAGAUCUGGACCAAAGUGCUGGCAGCUCGGGACCCGGCUGGACAGAACCCUGACAACCAGCUCGCUGAGGUUCGCAAUUUCCUAACCAUGUUUGUGAUCUUCCUCCUUUUUGCAGUGUGCUGGUUCCCGAUCAAUGUGCUCACUGUGCUGGUGGCUGUAGGUCCGAAGGAGAUGGCAGGUAAGAUCCCCAACUGGCUCUAUCUUGCGGCCUACUUCGUAGCCUACUUCAACAGCUGCCUCAACGCUGUGAUCUACGGGCUGCUCAAUGAGAAUUUCCGAAGAGAAUACCGGGCCAUCUUCCAUGCCAUGCGGCACCCCAUCCUGUUCCUCUCUGGCCUCAUCACUGAUGUCCGUGAGAUGUGGGAAGCCCGUGCCCUGGCCCGUGCCCGUGCCCAUGCCCGUGAUCUAGCCCGCCAACAAGCCCGCAAACAAGACUGUUCCCGUGCCUGUCCUGCUGUGGAAGAAGCACCAGUGAAUGUCCGGAAUGUUCCACUGCCUGGUGAUGCUUCAGCUGGCCUCCCUAAGCCUGCCUCCAGCCACCUCAAGUCUGCCACUGUCUACCCUAAGCCUGUCUCUGUCCAUUUCAAGGCCGACUCUGUCCAUUUCAAACCUGCCUCCAGCUGCCCCAAGCCCAUCACUGGCCAUCACAUCCCUUCUGUCAGCCACCCCAAGAUGGCCUUCAGCCCUGCCACCAGCCACUCGAAAUCCACCAUUGACCACAUUAAGCUUGGUAUCAGCCACCCUGAGCCCACUCCCGCCGACUACCUUGAGCCUGCCACCACCAGCUACCUUAAGUCCGCCAUCUCCCACCACCCUGAGCCUGCUGCUUCUAGCCACCCUGAGCUCAUCAUCUCCUACUACUUUGAGUCUGACAUCAGUGACCUCUCCAAGCCUGCCUCCAGCCCUAGCCUUACCAGUGGGAGCCCCCAGUCUGUGGCCGCCACCACCCUUCUUGACCCUACUGUUGCCAGCACUCCCACCAAGGAUGAUCACGAGGUUGCGGUUAUCGAUGCUGAAGCUGAUUCUGAUGAAGUGGCCGUGUGA